GCCAACGGCAGAUACAAGAAGAGCAAAAAGACACAGACUGCACAACAAACAACACAACACAAACGAUGGACCGCAACACGGAGCGAUGGGCGUUCAUCGCCACGCACGUUGACACGAUGCUGUCGCUGACAAAGGAGUUCACCGUCAUCUACUACCCAAACACAAGCGAGCUCGAAAUGAUUGACAACAAGCACCACCGGAUAUUCCUCCGCCGCACCAAAGUGGAUAUUCCACCCAGCGCCAUCUUCAUCGGCGCCUGCAUCAACGUCCUCUCCAGACAGCUGAACUUGGUCGACUACGCAGACGAGUACACACGCAAGACACUGGGGUCGCGCCAGGAGCAGGCGUGCCUUGUGCUUGGCUCCAGCUGGAUGGGGGAUAUGGGGACACCACUCAACGCCAUUGCAGACGCAGGUCUCAAUCUCGUGCGCACGCGCACCGCCGUAUUGGACGGCGCCCUCAUUUCCCAGCUCGCACAGUGCCCAGGCCUCGAUGGUCUCCCUGCCGGCGAGUGUCUCGCUGUCGACGUGCUGGGACCAAAGGCCGUCUCAGCCGUCCAGUCGAUUGCCGCGUCACUCGGCAGCGAUGCGUUUGCUGCUGCGACGGCGGAGAGUGCACAAAUGGCCGUGCAGGCGCUGUUUGAGGGCGACUUGCCCAACACGGCCACACUCAAGGACGCCUCCCUCUGCGUUAUCAAGCCGCACGCGGUGCUUGAGAACAAUGCCGGACGAAUUAUCCAGGACAUCCAGCGCUCGGGUCUCGCCAUCACCGCUGUCAAGACAUCGACGCUUGACGGUGCUGGCGCUGCCGAAUUCCUCGAAGUUUACAAGGGCGUGGUGCCUGAGUAUUCGCAGCUUGUGAAGGAGCUUGAGGCCGGGCCCUGCAUUGCGCUCGAGGUCGCCGGUGAUAAUGCGCACGCCCGUCUCCGCGCCCUCUGUGGCCCACACGAUUCGGAGAUUGCAAAGCACCUGCGGCCCUCCACCAUUCGUGCGAAAUAUGGCGUCGACAAGGUGCGCAACGCCGUCCACUGCACGGAUCUCCCAGACGACACAGAGCUGGAGCUGGAGUACUUUUUCCAAAUCCUCCCGUGAUGCACGCACACACACACACACACACACACACACACACACACACACACACACACACACACACACACACACACAAGCCAGCCAACAUGUUGUUUGACGUGUAUUCUGUUCAAAUUAAAGCUCUCCA